AUGCGUGGUUGGAUACGGGAAGGUGGCGCCGCCGUAAUCCUCGGCCUUUCGGCAGUCUAUUACCAACAACAAGACGGCGGGGAUCGGUGGGGGAUUUCCCGAGCCGUCGAAAUCAUGGAUGACGACUGGACGGAACGCAUCGGAGUGGUACGGGCACAACGAAGUCGUCUGGCGUACUUUCAAUGUCUGGACGUCCUACCAAACGAAGCAAGCAAGCCAUUCGACAUCGCUCCGUUCGAGCGAGCUCCCGUCGUGGAAGCUUGCUGUCGCGCGUUUGCCAAGCUCGUGGACGAACCGCAACGUUUGCUCGUCGCGUGCCUUGCCACCGCUGCGUAUGGAGGCCAUGUACGAGACAAGGAAGAAUCCUGCUCCGACCGCAACGUUCCCCUCGUUGCCUUUUUGUACGAAACCGCACCACGAUCGGUCACCACCAGUUGGUCCGUCCCGGACACUCCGAUUUCCUUCCACGACGCCGAAAGUCUGACGAACAGCACGGAUCCGCAACCGUGGAUCUAUUCUGUGUACGACAAACGCAACCAGCUAUGUUUGAUGGAACUGUCGUCCACGGACAAGGACACAGAUUGCGCUAGUCUACUCGCACGGCUCGCUCUCGAUUCGAUCGAUAGCUCGGAGAAUACCCAGUUGAAUGCUUUCGUUGCCUCGACCCUCUCUUCCGUCGGUGGUCUGCACCGGGAAUGGCAACACCAAUUCACUGUGUCCUUUGGGGCGGAAAUCACCGCGGUCGAAACAGGAUAUUUGACGCUGGAAUAUCUCUUGCACGUCGGUUCAGAUGUCUUUGUCAACGUCGAGGACGCCGUGCAGAUUCUUACCCUACCAUUCCUCGACGACGAUGAUCUACGUUCUCGCUGGAACAUUAGUAUUCAACACGAUCCGUAUCGUGUCAUUGAUCAAGAAGAACCCGCCUUUGUCAGUCCACAGCACGUGGUCCUUGUUCAACUGCAAGGUCCAAUGACUCGACAUCCUGGUGCGGAUCAGCCGAUGGUGUUUGAAACCGUGACCAAAUUGCAUUUGCGUUAUCCGGAACCGCUCGACCAAGGCACCUGCAACUUUGUGCAGUUUCCAUUAAUGCCACCAAAUUUGUUGCAGGCUUCCUUUGUAACAGCCUCUGGUCAACGCUACCAACAGCAUGGUUCCGUUCUACCGCGGGCACCACCGGUGGGUGUCUGGAUUGCCACCGGACGAGCGUCCGAUUAUAUUUGGGUAGUUACAGUUUCGGUCUUGGCGUCCGUCGUUGGUGCUGUGGUCAUUUUACGUGACCUCCACCCGAUCGCGACGUGGUAA